UUGAACUGUUCACGAUUUGAGCGAAUUUUGCAGGCCAAGACCAGUUUCCAAACGCACUUGUUGCUGGGCGUGUUGCGAUGGCGAAGUUUGUUGGUCGUGCCAAUGCGCUAACGCCACAAUGGCGAGCGCCUUCCAUCUCAAAUUUCAGAUGUGGCUCAGGCUUCACUACACGCCCUCUCUUAGCAUCAAAUCCAACAACCGCCCACAAAAGCAAGCCAUGUGCGGCAUUCAUGCCGUGAUCGGCUCUCGAGACACCCCAGUCCUUUCACGUGAAGUUGAGGAGAAACUGCGCGCAAGGGGACCAGACCAUGUCGGGACAACACGCGUCGAGCUUGGCGACACGUCCGUGACCUUGACCUCCACAGUCCUCUCUCUCCGAGGUGAUCACGUUGCGCGGCAGCCACUGGUCGAUCCAAAAAGCGGCUCUUCUCUCUGCUGGAACGGCGAGGUGUGGCGCAUUGAUGGGCUCCCGGUCGCGGGCAGUGACACUGAAGCGGUGUUUCAGCUUCUCGUCAAGGCACGCUCAGAUCGUGGCGCGGACUUCUCUGAAGAAGACCCGGUCCUCGCGGCACUGCGAACCAUUGAAGGCCCAUUCGCGUUCGUGUUCGUCGACAGACCGGCUCAGCGCCUGUACUAUGGCCGCGAUCGACUCGGUCGGCGCUCCUUGCUAGUCCAGACCGGACUUAGCAUCACGCUGUCCAGCAUAGCCGAGUCCACAUCAGAGGGAUGGCUAGAAGUCGAAGCCGACGGCUGCUAUAGCAUAUCUCUAGAGCGGUCAGAUUCUGGCGAGGUCUUCAAACCCCAGCGCCACGCUUGGCUCGAAGGCGAUGACUUGGUCUCAAGCAUAGGUGUUUUCAACACCCAAACCACGGAUAGUCCUCCCCAACUCAUGCCUUCUUCCGCGUCGGUUUGGCAGCUAGGACAUCAGUUGCGAGAAGCACUGCAGGCGCGUGUCCUGAACAUUCUGUUGCCGCCCUAUGCCCAAAGUGCUGAUGCUAGAAUCGCUGUGCUCUUCUCGGGUGGCCUAGACUGCACUGUGCUUGCGCGUCUGGCGGCUGACAUAGUACCAAUCGACCAGCCCAUUGAUUUGCUGAACGUCGCGUUCGAAAACCCGCGCAUCGCCGCGCAGCAUCAGGGCCUUUCGAUCGACGACUUAUAUGAGCUCUGUCCGGACCGCAUCACUGCCAGGAAAUCAUUCGCUGAACUGCAGGCUGCGUGCCCCGGGAGGAAAUGGAGGCUCGUUGCGGUCAAUGUCCCAUACUCCGAGACAAGAGCUCACCGCGCUGAGAUUGUGCACUUGAUGUAUCCUCACAGUAGCGAAAUGGACCUCUCCAUUGCCAAUGCCCUCUAUUUUGCCGCCAGAGGUCAGGGACAAGCUUCUCUUGCUAUGGAAUCGCCCUCGACACCUUACACAACCUCAGCUCGUGUUCUCUUGUCGGGCCUCGGCGCAGACGAGCUUUUCGGCGGCUACGUGCGCCACAGCACAGCUUUUCAACGCAAUGGCUAUCCCGGUCUUAUCGAGGAAUUGAAACUGGAUGUCAGCCGCUUGGGUAAGCGCAAUCUAGGUCGCGAUGACAGGGUGAUGGCACACUGGGGAAAAGAAGUCAGGUUCCCUUUCCUGGAUGAGAGACUCGUCAAGUGGGCUAUUGAGCUCCCAGCAUGGGAAAAGUGUAACUUUAGCACGCCAGCAGGAGAAGGACACCCCGAUGCGGAAAAAAGAGUCUUGAGGCUACUGGCACAGACACUUGGUCUCCCCUUAGUGGCCACUGAAAAGAAGCGAGCUAUCCAGUUUGGGGCGAGAACCGCCAAGAUGGAGAGUGGCAGAGUCAAGGGCACCACAUCGAUUGCGCCGUGAGGAACACGCGGCAAGUGUCGCAGAAGAAGCUUGGUGUUACAUGGACAGGGACUCUACCGGCUGUGAUGACCACUCAGAUACUAUUGAGUCGUGCAAGAACCCAGGGACGAAGGAUUGUGUGUUUUCCGCCCCGGCGGUCAACCCCUUUCUUCGCGGGUCUGACGACGCUGAUGACAUAAAGGCAAGUCUGAGCCGUGGAGCAACAGAUGUCCCUCAUGUGAAAUGGCACCAGGGGAAGGUUAUUGUUGGGGUAUACAGCGCAUUCAAGGAGAGUCAUGGUAGCUUCCAUGCGUCUAAGACCGUGUACUUGGUUAUAACUGAGAGGGCA